UUCGCUACUAGCCGGGUACCUGUUGCUACUAACUAUCUAUCUACUCCAUCCAUUCCUCCAUUACUCCCAUUGAAAGCGGUUCGGCACGAGGGGGAACCGACGGAACGCGAUACCGUCCGUCGUCGUCGAUACCGAUAAAGUCAACAGCGUGCUCGCACUACUCCUCAACCGUCGCGAUCUCGCUCACUGAAUUGCACUUGGGAAGCCGCACCGCGCUGCGCCGCCGGUCGCCUCUCGCACGCACCGGUUCCCUCUUACGCGAGAGGAAACAGCCAACCUACCGUAUCUACACACCUGAUGACGAUGAUGAUGGAAGGCAUUCGGUCGGUUUGGUAUACCUAGGGUCGCUUUUUGAUAUGGUCAGCGAUUGACAAAAUUUUCGCUCAGUCGUUCGCGGAAUCUUGUCGUGUGCGGUACGGUUGAGUUCCUUUCCGGUUGUUGUUGACGAGACGAGUAGAACCCGCGAACUACUCCCCUCCGUUGGACAGGUGGAAACGUGGUCUUCCUGAAGUGGAUACCUUUCUCUAAAUAAGACACGGGCACGGCAAUCACACAAGAAGAGAGAAGAUAAGCAACAAAGCUAACAAGACACGGCUUCAAAAUGACUGACGAAAAAGUUAAACCACAUCCUGAUCCGGUGGCGCCGCAGUUCGUGGCCAGCGACUUCAAUUCAACCACAAAGCUAGCAGACAACCAAAUAGACGAUGAUGACUACAAUCCAUUUGAGCAUCGCGAAACCGACAAACCAAAUAGUACAAGCGGCUCUCUUAUCCACUUACUCAAAAGUUCCUUGGGCACCGGCAUUCUGGCUAUGCCGGUGGCCUUCAAAAACGCUGGUCUCCUUUUCGGUGCCAUCGGUACGGUGAUAAUAGGUCUAAUCUGCACACAUUGCGUCCAUAUUCUGGUCAAAACCUCACAUCAGGUGUGCAAAAGGACGCGGAUACCGGUGCUAGGCUUCGCGGAAACGGCCGAACGUGUCUUCCAGUAUGGACCCGUCAAGCUGCGGCGGAUGGCUAACUUUUCAAAACUCUUCGUGGACUACGGCCUCAUGGCGACCUACUUCAGUGCCGGUUGCGUGUACAUCGUGUUCAUCGGAAGUUCACUGGAGAAGGUCAUCAACGCGGCCGCCGAUCUGGACUGGAACGUCCGCAUCUACAUCCUGCUGACGAUGAUCCCCAUCCUGGUGAUCGGCCAAAUUCGCACGCUCAAGUACCUGGUCCCAUUCUCGGCGCUAGCGAACCUGUUUAUCGUGGUAACCUUCGGCAUUACUUUAUACUACAUCUUCAAGGACCCGUUGGUGUUCGACGAUAAACCAAACUUUUCCUCGUUUGCUACGCUCCCGCUAUUCUUCAGUACUGUCAUCUUUGCCAUGGAAGGCAUUGGUGUCGUCAUGCCCGUUGAGAAUUCAAUGGCUAAGCCACAGCAUUUCCUCGGAUGUCCCGGAGUUCUGAACACCGCUAUGGGUACCGUCAUCACUCUAUACGCCGUCAUUGGGUUCUUUGGAUAUGUACGAUAUGGAGAACUUUCGGCCGGAAGUGUUACUCUGAACCUACCAACUGAAGACAUCUUGGCGAAGAUCGCUCAACUGUUGAUCGCUGCAGCGAUCCUGUUCACCUUCGGUUUGCAGUUCUACGUCCCGAUGGACAUCCUGUGGAGGAAGAUCCACGACAAAAUUCCGAAAGACAAGCACAACUUCUCGCAGAUCGCCAUCCGCACUGGAAUCAUGAUCCUGAUGGGAGGCAUUGCGUUGGCCGUCCCCAAUCUGGAACCCUUCAUCGGGCUGGUCGGUGCAGUGUUCUUCUCCAGCUUGGGCCUGCUGGUGCCGUGCGUCGUGGAAACCGUCUUCCUGUGGCCAAACGAACUCGGGACGUUCAAGUGGAUUCUGAUUAAGAACGUUAUCUUCGGGGCGUUUUCGCUAUUCGCACUGGUUUCCGGUUCGUAUGUCAGUAUCGAGGAAAUCGUUAAAAUGUACACCAGCGAUGGACAUACCGAGUAGGGCUAGGAUAAGAAGCGAGAUAGAGUAGGUUAGCUCCGCGUCGAUAGAGCCGUUGUUAUGCCAUCUUACAUUAAGAUACUCCUGACGAAGCGGUCGUCGCUUCGUAGAGGAUUGAUAUAGCUGUGCGAUUUUAUUUUUGAAACGAAACGAAUGAUUUCAUGAACCGUAUGCAGGGCCUUACACAGUGAUCUAGAAGUGUUGAAAAUGCAUCAGAGUUUUUGACAGUAUUUUACACUGUAUAUAUUUAGAAGAUCCCUAAUUUUAACGCCUGUCCUAACUUAUUUAGGAGUAAUGUUUGAAAAACGGAAUUCAUUAAAAUGAAUAAACGACUAAAAUUGUA